AUGGAGCCACCAGAAACGCCAGCUCCCGUGUUCGCCAUUCGCGCGUUCAAAAGCGCCUUGUUUGGCACGCCAGGCGCGGAAGACGAAGAGCAGAGUGACCGAGAAGCGAAAACGGACAGUAAACAAGAAAAUCGUUCGCGAAGCAAGAGUGAAGCGCCGAAGUUUCUGGCCCCCGAUCGUGCGACAAAUGUUAUCGCAACUGGCAAGGUAGACCUCGAUACGGGAAUGAACGCGAUGGCGUCACCCACGAAGAGCAUCCUCGUGACACCCGGUACCGCAUCGAACCGGCGGAAGACCGUCUCGUUUGGUGAUGGAGUUGUCGAUAAUGAACGAAAACGCGACGAUAUCUUUAACAACAAAUCGCUCAGAACGCCAAUGAAUCUUUCUGGCAACUUAAGCAGCCAAUGGAUAUCUGGCUCUUCUGACGGCAAGGAUAAACCGCGAAGCAAACUGACGCAAGCAUUACUGGACUCCCGCGAUAAGUCUCCUAAUGAGACUACCGAUCGCAAAAUCGAUGACGAUCCUUUCGCGACGAACGAAACCAAGAUGGUGCCAAAAUCGACCAAAGCAGAAGAGAAUGAUGACACAAUCAAUCUGGAAGACCCGCGCUCCCAGUCGGGUAAAUAUUGGAAAGCCGAAUUCGACAACUACCGUGCCAAAACCACAAAUGAAAUCAGAAAAUUGAUUCAAUAUCGGUCCGCAGCGAAGAAAUUCGCUCUCAUGAAGGAGACGGAAGCCUCGCGUCUAGCCAAGAAAUUAAAAGAGGAGGAAUCGAAGGUGGCUGAGAUGGAACGUCAUGUCACACAACUCGCCUCUACGAUGGUCACGGAGAAUGCAAAGGCGGACAGAGAACAGCUGGUUCAAGAUCUGACAAAACAGACAGCGCUAGCCAUGCAGUACAAGCAUCGCGUCAACAUGCUACGCAAGCUUCUAGAACGACACGGAGUGGUCGAUGGUGAUUUGGAUGAUUCUGUGGAUAAAUCAGAUGCGGAGGGCUCUCCUGAGAAAGUUAGCCAGGAGCUGCGCAAAACCCAGCAGGCGCUGAACCAGGCAAAUGCAAAGAUCGACGAGAUGAAGCGCCAGCAAUCGGAAGUCGACAAACUUAAGGAGCUAGUGCAGAAUUCAGAGCAGAAGGCCUCCGAGCUGGCCAGAGAGAAUCUCACACUGAAGCAAUCACUGGCACGAGUGAAACAGGAAAUGAGCAAAUACGAGGGACGCCGCAAGGCAAAGGAGGCGAAGCUGAAACAACGCGAGAUCAAAUUGGAGGGACGGAUUCAAGAGUAUCGGCAACGCUUGAAGACAGCUUCACAGGAACAUCGCGAAAUGGAGGAGGACCUCAGAGGAUCAUUCGAUGAAGAACGACGCCGUAUGCAGGAUCAGAUUGACCUUCUCAAACUGAAGGUAGCAGCACUUGAAAAGGUUCCCGACGAUCGAGUCUAUAGCCGUCACUCAUACAGUCCUCGUAAAGAGUUCACUGGAGUUCAGGUGUACGACUUUGGGCGCAUUAGCCCUCGGAAAGCGGAUAUUGACGAAACACAAGACAUUGAUGAACCGCCCAGUCCUAGCCCACGAGCAAAGGACCGGCGCAUGCGCAGUACACAGAAUCCCACUGUUGAACUUGAUAUUGUGAAAGCUGCUCAAGCCCUGGGCUUGGAAGGAGUUCAUUCUCACCAGUUUCUUACUGGAGAAUCACCAUACAAGACAGCAGCUAGUCUGCAGAGAGCGACCGCGCAGGAGACAGACUUAAUUCCACCCUCUUCGCCCCCUGAGCAGCUCUUCGACGACUCCACGGGAGCACUUGCUAUGAAGCCGAUGUACAGCCAACGUGAUUAUCGAGCGCAUCAGCCGACCCAUACAACGAUUGACUCCCUCGCGCGCCACUUGGCAAGUUUGGACAGUCAACAGCCACGAACUCAACGCUCCAAAUCGCGUCGUGCUCCCACAAAGUACAGUCUGGAUACGCUGUCUGGUCUACCGGACUCCCGUGCUGCCGAACGACCAGGGAAAAGACACAGCAUUGGCGCGCUACAGCGGGAAUCCAUACCUCCAGAACGCAUGCUCGCUGCUCAAGCCCGACUGAAACGGAAAGACCAGACCCGCAAAAGCAGAGAGGUGCUCCGGGAACAUGCCAAAACAUAUAAUACUUGA